AGUGUAUAAUAAUGACUAUAAGAACCGAACUUGAGAAAAAUAAAUUUUAGGUGAGAAGGAAUUUGGGAAAUGCCUUCAACAAGAAAACGUAAGGAAUCUGCGAAUUCGGAAACACAAAGGAGAAAAAGAAAAUGUGCUAAAGAAACGGAUUCCCGAUUUCUGCAAAGAAUGGCCCCUCCUAUUGAAGAAUAUUAUCACGAUUUGCUGCAGCCUGUUAAAGAUGCAGAAAAGUCAUUUCAAAUAGAUGUUGCACAAUUGCUCUCUUCCUAUAUAAAUAAUUUUGUGCAAGGAAAUGUUCCAGCUAAUUUUAAUGCAGCCGCUCUUGUAAUCCAAGGAAGUAGUAGUAUUUAUGGCCGGAAGGUGGAGUUUCUUUAUAAUUUAGCCACACAGUUGUACCAAAACUUGGUGAAAAACAAGAAGGAUGAACAAGCUAAAAAGGAUAGUAAAACCAAAGAUAGACACAAAGAAAGUAGAUUUAAUGAUCCCUUCUUCUCAACGGAGAUAAAAUUGGGAAAAAACUUGAGCUGCCUGAAGAAAAAGAAUAUGUCUAAAGCGUCUUCUAAUAAGAAAUCCAAGAAGGAAGCAAAGAAAUGCCUGUUUGUCCCUGUUGACUUAUUGCCCUUUGAGGGAGAAGAAAAGGGAGAUACUUUCUAUGAUACAAAAGGUGAAGCUGUUGGAAAUAAGGCUGACCACACUCUAAACAAAUGUAAAGUCACAUCAUCCGGAUGGCUGAUAUUACCCACCGUCUGUAGAGACCAGAUUCCCACCGAGAACUCGCCACCUGACUACACGUUUCACUGCAAUGUUCUGAAUAAUAUUGAGGUAGAUGAUGACGGGUGUGAUGCAGACAUGCCCUGUUCCACCCCGGAUGAAGGUGUUCAUAUGGGUUCUCAGUCCAUCUCCGAAGUGCCCAGCGCUGAAGGUACACCAGAAAUCACACUUUCUCAACAAACAGAUGAAGGUUUGGGAUCAAUGCAAUCUACUCCCCAAGAAAUGGGCUCUCAGUCAGAUUCACAACCAAUGGAAGGUGUGGAAACCCCAGAUAAUGCUGGAGAAAUCCCUAUUGAUGAAAUUGUUAAUGAUCUUGAUGUACCAUCAACAUCUCUCAGGCGCUCUACACGGCAUGCUUUAAAACCCCAAGAUGAGGCCACUAAAGAAAAUCAAUCACCACUCACAGAAGAAGGAAAUACCCCUGAAGGAAAAGAAGAAGAAAUUGUAGUUGUCAAAAAAGCUAUACAGAAGAAGAAUACAUGUGCUCUUCCAUCAAAAUUAAAGUCAAAUUGCGAUAAGAAAAUCGAAACUAUAGCUCAGUUUUGUGCAAGAACGUUUUUCACUGCUGAUCCUAAAAUUAUCAAAAAUGGGUUGAUGAGUUUAGAAACUGAGGCUUUUAGAAAUAAUUCUAGUUUCUUAAGAAGGCUUCAAGCACGAGCUGAGGCUAUCAGAAUUGCUACACGAAAAUCUAAGAAAGCUGAUGAGGAAACUGAAGAUGUUGAUGUGGAAACCUUAAAUGCUCCUGAUCCUGAUGAUAUGAUGAUGCAUGAUCAGCUGGAUGAUGAUGACAUUGUAAUUCAGAAUGACAUAAAUGAUAUACCUUUUCCUGAUGAAGCUCUUGCUUCUCCAGAAGGAAACCCUGAAACAAAAUCUCAGUCUUCCCAUGAUGUUCCAAUGUGUUCUGAAGAUCCUAUAGAUGAGAAUGAUCUGCUUAUAAAAGACAUUAAAAGUCUGGAUAAAAACUCGGAAAUUACUGCCAGAGUGAAAGCAUUUGAGAAAAGGCUGAACCCAUUCUUGGACGAAGUGGAAAAAAGAGAAGCUUUUGACAUCAAUCUGUAUGGAUCUAGAAUUCUAAAUUCUUUUGAAUCUUCUGAGACUAAAGCAAGAAAGCAAACCAAAACAUUCCGUGAUUUCUGUAAAGGAAUGGAACAGUGGCAAAUUCACAGAUACUUCAUGGCUCUGUUACCUCUUGCAAACAUAGGUAAUGUAUCAUUAGAGACAGAAGAAGGUCCUGAUGGGGAAGAACAAAUUUGUAUCACAUUGUUAUCUAAAAGAAUGCACCACUUGAGAUUGGAAGAAUUUGGCAAUGAACCCACUGACUCUGCAAGAAAGUAGUUCAAAUUUUAUUUCUCUUCCAUUUGUACUUAUUCAUCUCCUUUAGUAUCAUCAUGAUGUAAAUUAUUUUUCUCACAUUCAUUUGAACAUCUUUUUAUGACUGACAAUUUCAUCAAAUUACCAUAGCAAUACUAUUCGUGAAAACUGUAUACCUGAGUUUGUAUAUGAAUUGUAUUCAUGUCCUAUGUAUGCAAAAAAUAUUUGCUCUAUAAUUUCUCAUUCAUUUAGGAAUAGUCUUUAUUUUUUAUAUGUUACAAAAUGUUCUGCAACUAACAAAAUAAAAAAAAGUUAUUUAUUCGUCUCA